CCCUUUUAUAGAAGUAGCCGACCCUCUAGAGCGCACCCAACCGCACACAGGACUCCGACAUGGCCAAGCUGGCGUCGGACCCGCUGACCUCGAACAACAACAGUUGCGAGGCGGUGAACAACAACCACAGCGGAGGCGCCUCCGACUACCAGGCCCUGCCGCUCACACCCGCGCCGGCCAACACGCCGCUGCACAAGGCCAUCAAGCACGACCUCUUCCCGGAGGUCACCUUCUGCAACCUCUCCGUGGAGGAGCUCGCGGAUGGAGCCGGGCACAGCCGGGUGGUGCGGAGGAGCGUCGUCGCCCUGGACGAACCAGCGCUCGUCUGCCUGAUGAACGGAACCGGAAACGGAAACGGGAACGGGCAGGUGAAGCGCCGCAAGCGUCUCAUCUCGAACGAGUCGGGCGACUCGAUAGACUCGAGCUCCACGGAGAAGAAGACCCCCAAGAUGCCCGACGGCGGGUACGGCUGGGUGGUGGUCUUCGCCUCGCUGGUGGUGUCCCUCAUCGCCGACGGACUGAGCUUCUCGUUCGGACUGAUCAACGUCGAGCUGCUGGGCUACUUCGGCGAGUCCACCUCGAAGACCGCCUGGAUAUCCUCGCUCUUCUUCUCCGUGCCCCUGCUGAUGGGGCCCAUCUGGUCGAACCUGGUGGACAAGUACGGCUGCCGCAAGAUGACCAUUCUGGGCGGCGUGGUGUCCGCCUUCGGGUUCGCCCUCUCCUCCGUCUGCAACUCGAUCGAGAUGCUGAUGGUGACCUUCGGCAUCAUCUCGGGCCUGGGCCUGGGCAUCGGCUACGUGACCGCCGUGGUGUCCAUCGCCUUCUGGUUCGACAAGAAGCGCACCUUCGCCACCGGGAUCGGCGCCUCGGGCACCGGCAUCGGGACCUUCGUCUACGCCCGCCUCACCUCCUACCUGAUGGAGUCGUACGGCUGGCGGGGCGCCACCCUCAUCCUGGGCGGCACCAUGCUCAACGCCUGCGUGUGCGGCGCCCUGAUGCGCGACCCCGACUGGCUGAUCGAGGAGAACCGGCUGGAGAGCCGCUCGCAGAGCGUGACCACCUUCUCCAACUCGAGCGUCUGCCUGGAGGAGAUCAAGAAGCUGCUGGACACGGGCAUCACCAAGGAGGCGGUGCUCGACUCGCUGGUGACCAAGAACAACACGGAGGCCAACCAGCAGAUCGACGACCCCCUCGACUCGGCCCUCAAGCGCCACCGCAGCGAGCUCUUCCUGCCCACCUUCCUGAGCACCCAGGAGCUGGACAGCAUCUGCGAGGUGAAGAGCCUGAGCCGGCGCUCCCUGCGCCACAAGGAGGGCGCGGAGGCGCCCUCUCGCGAGAACCUCCUCUCCUCGGGAGCGGGCGCCUAUCCGCCGUCGACGGCGGUCAUCGGCUCGCCAGACGACACCCUGAUGGGCGGAAUCGCCCUGGAGGCGGCCGAGGAGGCCAAGAAGUCCUACCUGGCCUCCAUCGAGACGCUGUCGCCGUCGGAGAAGCGGUCCGCCGGCCCCGGGUCGCCCGUCGGAUCGCUGCGCUCCUCGGACGAGGGCUACCUCACGCAGAAGCACGCCAGUUCGCGGUACUCGCUGAACGAGAACCUCUUCAUGGCCAAGCACACGACGCCCUCGCUCUCCAACCUGAGGGUGAACGGGCUGCGCCACAACUCGGUGGACAUCCUCAGCGAGGACAUGCACUGCUACUACUCGAAGGACGAGACCUUCGCCCUGCUGGAGCCGAGCAGGCGCCCGGGGCCCACUGUGAUCGCCAUUCCGGAGCAGGACCCACCGGCGGCCAACAGCGAGCUGGCCAUGCGACGCGCCCGGCUGGACAGCAUCACCGGCAUAAGGCGGCUCUCGCGCUCCAAGAAGCCCAGCCACCACCGCUCGAACCUGCGCCGGAACAUCUCGAUCCGGAACUCGAACUUCCUCAAGGACAUGCGCAUCCAUCGCAACUCGAUCCACUACCGCGGCGCCAUGCUCAACACGCACCGCUACCGCCUGCGCGCCUCCUCCUGUCCAAACAUCUACCGCAACUCGAUGACCACCAUCGCCAAGGAGGAGGAGGAUACCUGGUACGACAAUUUCGUGGACACCAUGAAGUCUAUCUUUGACUUUUCCCUCUUUCUGGACAUGAAGUUCGCCCUCUUCAAUCUUUCAACGUUGUUUUUGUUCAUUUGGUUUAUUAUCCCAUAUCUGUACCUUCCCGAGUACAUGAAGCAGUACAAGUACGAUGUGAGCGUGAGUGCAGAAUUGAUAUCAGAUGUGGGAAUCGCCCAGACAGUGGGCAUGAUAGGACUGGGCUACCUGGGCGAUCUGCCCUGGAUGAACAUCAACAUAUGCUACUCGCUUUGCAUGUUAGUCUGCGGAGCAUCGGUGUUCUUUAUGCCCCUGCUGAUGACCAGCUACAUUGGCCUGAUGGUCAUGUGCGUUAUCUUCGGAUUCACGUUCGCCAGCUCCUUCUCGUUUACGCCCAGCAUUCUGGUCAGUAUUGUUGACUUGGACGAUUUCACGUGUGCCUACGGUCUGGUGCUGCUGGUGCAAGGAGUGGGCAUGAUUGCAGGACCCCCGAUUGCGGGCGUUAUAUACGAGCACACGGGCAGAUGGGACGACACCUUUUACUACGCAGGCAUAUUUAUCGCACUCUCCGGCGUCUGUUCAUAUCUGAUCGAGUUCUGCGAGAAGAAAGCUCCUAAGGAGAGUGAUAGUGAUGUCUUAGAGACUAAAAAAGCUCAACUUUUACACUAGUUUACGUACAUUAGAUUGAUGAAUGCCGAAGGUGCACAUGGGUCAACUGGAGGUACUACAAACCAGAACUGUAGCCUAAUAUUGGACUAGCAUUAAAUGUUAACGAGUUUCUUAUGUCAAAUGGUGUUGCAGCCAUAAAAUCAGAGCAGAUUUGUAACUGAAACUAAGCCUAUUCAUAAGAGCUAGCGUGUAAGCCUAAACUUGACUUGACUAAUGGUAGCUAAGUAUCGAUAUACACCGUAUAAGUACCGCACUACGGCAAUUAGUAAUCGCAUCUUGUAAUCACUCUUAGAAAAACUGUUCAAUUUCAAUCAAUAUCAAUGCAGUGCAUCACUGCCAGGUGCAAACGGGUCCCUCAAUUGUCUUCUUUACAAAAAUUAGAGAAAUAGAUUUAAUUGCCUUACAUUUCGUACGAAUAUUAAUUAAAAUAAAACAAUAACCUACAAUCUAUGUAACGUAUGCAAUAACAAGCGACCAUUUUCAAUCGACCCAAAACUCACAAUAAAGUCUUUGGAGCAUUUGUUUUUAAACUAACAAAACAAUAUUUGUACAUCAAACGGCACGGAUCCGAAUAGUUUCCAAAUUAAACAAAGCAACUGAGCAAACUAGGCUAUACUAUAUAAAUAUUGUUGGAAGAAACCCCUGUUUUUGCAGUUUGGCAAAACUUUUUUUAGUAAUAACAAAUACAAAAUUCUGAAUAUUAAAAAAAAAUUAUGUAAAAUCUUACAAGUUCAAGUAUUAUUAAAAAAAUACAAACAUAUUCAUACAAAUAGUUAAAAAAAAGCCUUUAAACUGUCACCACGCUUCAAAAACUGAAGUAAAUACGACACUUUAGCCAUAUAGCCGACCUAUAGAUAAUGAGUAGUUGAUGAUUCCGAUCACACUAGCAAAUAUGUACAUAAACAAAAUGAAUCACAAUUAUUAUUUACAAUUUUCAAAAUAACAAUUAUCUACCUAUUUCCAAAUAAAUAAACAUUUCAAUGAAA